AUGACCAAGAGUAAAUUUGGCAAGGGUGGCAAAUCUAUUCACCGAGGUGCACAAGCUACUCAUGGAAGAAGGAGAGAUUCACCCCAAGACACUCUAGAGAUAUCACAUAAAGAGACGAAUGAUAUUCCAUGUUCAAGAUCAACAAUAGACAAGAAUCAAUACCAAUCACAUGAACGAGUGGAAGAAGAAAGUUUUAUGUCUCAUGAUGCAAGAGAAACAAAUGAUAUUGUUCACCGCUCAGGUUCUCGGACAAAUAAUGAGAACUCUCAACCGCAUAUUAAGGAUGCUAGACCAGAGAUUAAGGUGUACAAGGGAAAGAAGUUAGAGAUGGUCGACCGCCAACAGCACACGAGUUAUUCUUGCACUCGCACACGAAAAAGCAUGAUCAAAAGACAUUUGUUGAUGGACAAUGUGGUACAAUUGACUAAAAGACUCAAGGCAAACCAUGAAUCUGUGGAAGAGUCACGAUACAAGAAAACCAUACUUGGCUUAUGUGGACAUCUUGGCUUCUCAACUGAGAGCGUGCAAAUUAAAGGUAAGCAAAGUGUUGAAUUGGAGAAUUAUACUUCAGAUAGUAGUGAUGAUGAUGAUGAAAGCCGAUCACAAGAAGGUUCUAUGGAUUAUGGCGAUGAGGAAGAUAGCGAGUCAGAUAGCAGUUCGAUGGAUUCGGGAAAUGAAGAUUUCUAA